AUGACCUGGACAGAAUCCGGGGUUGACGUUGAUGAUGACAUGUUUUCUCCAGCCAAAUAUCAAGCACUUGUUAGAUAUAUUUCAGAUAAUUACUUCCUAGCUCUUUCAGUGGCUGUCACUGCUAGUAUUGUUCGUAAAAUCUCAACACAGUCCGAACAGAGAAGAACAGAUCUGGUUCCAGAGUGGAGAGACCAAUACUUCGACUACAAAACUGGUAAAAAACGGCUUAAGAAAUUCGACAAAAAGAAUGAAGACAAGGUACAAGAUUCGCCGCACACGAGGAAUUUUCAAACGUUGUUUUCUGGCGACAGUGAACAUGAUGAUACCCCUGAUCUAUCGUCAUCACCCCAUCCUUUGACAGUAAGCCAAUUACUCCGCAAAGGUACAAACGGAAAACUACCCUUGAUUGGAAAAUCUCCAAACUUGUUAAGAUCGUAUGAUAUCAGUCCAUCAGUAGUAUCGACAUCAUCUCCACGGCUCAAAAAGCCCAAAGAGACGAAGAUCCUCCCGGGUGCCGAUGUUGCAAGAUUCAGUAGUGUAUUACCAUAUCAAUCUCAUUCAGGACACCAAGUACGAAUUGCGGAUAACAGCUUUAGUCCAGCAUAUAGUGGACUGGAAUUACCACCUCCAGCAAUAAAAGAUGCAUCCAAUCCUACCAAGGUUGACAGCAUUUCCAAAAUAGGCGGUAGCGGGAGAGAUGAAGGUUCCAGCAAAGACGAGAACAGGCCUGAUUUGCAAGGAGAUGGACCAGCCCGUAGGAAGGUGGGUUUCUCUGAAUCAGAUGUUACUCCAAGUCAACGGGACACUGGUGCUGAUGAAAAUCUUGAUACAAUCGACUCCGAUCCUGAUCAUUUUGAUGCUCCUCCUGUAAAUGAUCGAUCACCGCUAUUAGAAAAUCCUUUUGGUCCCGAGCCAAUGGCUAUUUCAAAGAGUAAUAAAUCGAGACAGGGCACUCAAUACAAUACCAACGAAGUAGUCGGAAACUCCACAUCGUCAAGUAAUAGUGCCAGCAUGGAAGCUAGUACUCUUAGAAAUAGAUUCACAUCAGAGAACAAUCAAGGUGCUGAAGCAGUCUCAUCAAAUGAGGCUGCCAUACAAGAGCUUCUUGCAUGGGUGGAUUCUGAAGUCGAGAAGAUUGAGAAAUUCUAUAGUUUGAAGGAGGCAGAGGCAGUGGAAAAAUAUUUGAUUCUCCAGGAUCAAUUAAUUCAGUUCAAUCAGCACAGAUCAGACAUUAAGCAGGCCCUGGCAAAUGGAGAAAUAAUAAACAGAGCAGCAUUGACGACUAAGGAAGCAUUAUUUAGAGAGUUUGAUAUGCCCAGCUUGCCAGAAAUGUUGAAGAAAAGGAAAAAGAAGUCAAUGUCAGAAAAUGAAAUUGGCGGCUCCGGAUCGGACUUUUCGAGAAAACCUGAUCGUGGGGUUACAUUCUCCGUAGCACGGGCUCAAUUGAAGAUAGCACUGAAAGAAUACUAUCACUCGUUGGAAUUGCUGAAAGAUUAUAAAUCGCUCAAUGCUACGGCAGUACGAAAAAUGGUGAAAAAGUUUGACAAAGCUGCUAAGAGUAACAAGCUGCCAGGGUACUUGGAAAAGAUUAAGAACUGUAAAUUUGUGUCUUCAGAUGUACUUGACACUCUUAUCCCUCGAACCGAAGAUUUAUAUGCAUUUUACUUCGAGUCAAGUAAUCACAAGCGAGCAGUUGAAAAACUUCGAGCGACUGAUUUCCCUAACCUUCACUAUUCUGCCAUGUUCACCACGGGACUAUUUCUAGGAUUAUCUGUUCCAUUAUUUAUUGAUGGUAUUGUUGCUGGAAUUCGCCACAGCAGUAAAAACCCUGACAUUGCUUACUUAUUUCAAAUCUGGGGUGGCUUUUUCUUGGCUAAUCUAUUUGUGUGUUUGUUUAUGCUCAAUUUGUAUACCUGGACCACGUACAAAAUUAACUAUCCAUUUAUCUUUGAAUUUGAUCAGCACAAUUACUUGGAUUAUCGACAAUAUGGCGAGCUUCCGUCAAUGAUGCUAUUCUUAUUAUCGUUAUUCGGAUGGUUUACAUUUCGUGAUUUCUGGCCCGAACAGUUCCCCGGAAAGUAUUUCCCGCCUAUUUAUCUUGGUAUUGCUUUGUUCACAAUUCUAUGUCCACUGCCAAUACUCCAUUGGAAGGCUCGAAAAUGGCUCGUCGUUGCAGUAUGGCGACUGCUACUUUCUGGUGCAUAUCCUGUCGAGUUUCGAGACUUUUUUCUUGGUGAUAUCUUUUGCAGUUUGAAUUACACCAUCUCAAACGCGUCCAUGUUUUUCUGUCUCUAUGGCACUCAUUGGGAUCUUCUUGGGUCUUCUAAGUAUUGUACGUCUUCCCAUUCAAGAUUACUAGGUUUCUUGAAUAGUUUGCCAGGUAUAUGGCGUCUCCUGCAAUGUCUUCGACGUUAUGGAGAUACCGGUGAUUGGUUCCCACAUCUUGCCAACGGACUAAAAUAUUCUUGUCUAGUUCUAUACUAUAUGUUUUUGAGUUUGGCACGUAUUAAUCGGUCAUCGAAGGUAUACCAUAGUUGUUUCAUCCUUUUUGCAUGCCUGAAUGCUAUUUACAGUACAAUCUGGGAUCUGUUUAUGGAUUUCUCACUUCUUCAACCGAACUCAAGACACUUCCUUCUACGUAAUGAGCUGGGAUUUGGCUCUAAGUGGCCGUACUACGCGAUUAUGAUAGUGGAUCCAAUAUUAAGAUUCAGUUGGAUUUUAUACGCUGUGUUUUGGGAUCAGAUCGAACAAUCGGCAAAAAUCAGUUUUUUUGUUUCGUUGAUUGAAAUUGUUCGGAGAUUUUUAUGGGCUUUCUUCAGAGUUGAAAACGAGCAUGGAUCUAAUGUAAACAGGUUUAGAGCUUCAAGGGAUUUGACUCUACCUUACUCUGAAGCAAAGAAAAUAAGAAUUCAUAGUGAGACAAUGGCCGAUGAAACGGAACAUGGCCAAGGUGAUGGUACUCAAGUUCCCAUGGUGGAUGUGGAAGCACAGCUGAGAGCUGAUGAGCCAGCUUCAGAAGAAGAAAGACACACCCCCAAGCCGAGCCCACAAAGGAGAAAGACAUUUGCAUCAAUUGCCACUCCUGUAUUACAGGCAGUUAGUCUUAAAUUGAAAUCCGCUCAUACUGCUGAUUUCGAGAGAAGAAAACCAGAUGACCAACAAACAGGAUCAGCUGAUGAUGAUGACGAUGAUGACGACGAUGAUGAUAGCAUACUCGGCGACAGGUACAACACUGCCAAUGAAAAUAAUAAAGAUUAG